AUGGAGGUCAGCCACUCGGUGAAGGAGCGCACCAUCGCCGAGAACAGCCUGGUCAUCCUGCUGCAGGGCCUGCACGGCCACGUCACCACCGUGGACAUGCGUGACGAGAGCACGGCCACAGGGCGCAUCACCAACGUGGACGCCUUCAUGAACGUGCGGCUGGCUGAGGUGACCUUCACGGACCGGCAGGGCAUGGUGUCCCACCUGGAUGAGUUCUUCGUGACCGGCAGGAACGUUCGCUACGUCCACAUCCCCGACGAGGUGGACAUCAGGGCCACCAUCGAGCGGCAGCUGCAGGCCAUCCACAGGAUCCGCUACUUCGGGGGCCGCGACAAGGGCAGGAAGGAGUUUCCUCGUGCCAAGCACAAGUGAGCCCUUGGCACUGCCCACAGCAGGGCCGAGAUAGACCUGCCCGUUUGACUGGACUGCCAGCUGCCUUCACACCUCGCCCUGGACAUCCUGGCACAGGAUUCAGGACUCUGCUGCUCCUCUGGCCGGUAUCUGCUGGGGAGCAGGGUUAGUUUUUCUAAUGAAUUACCCCAGUGAAAAGA